AUGGCUAUUUAUCCAUGCGAUUUCAAUAAUAACAUGUUCACGAAUGAAGCAGAAAACAAAAUUGUUCCUGAAUCUUGUUGCUCGGAUAAAGCAGAUUAUAGCGAGAACUAUGAGAGUGAUUCUGAAGUCAUAAACGACAUCCCAGGACCCAAAAACUGUUUCGGAUCAUCUCAACAAGGGAAAGUGGAAGGAGAUAAUCUCAAAUCUGUCAACCCAGUCCGAAAUGUGGAUCAUAAAUCCAAACCAAAGCGGAGAAAACCCCACCGGUGCUCAACUAAGACCCCAGUGUUCAGAAAAAGUGCAACAGCAGUGCAAAAUACGCAGACAUCCGCUGUCGAUCGAUGGGAGGCUGCUCAGGUUGCACUAGCUGAAGCAAAUAGUCAAAAUAUUUUGCUGCAGCGACAACUGCAAGAAUGUCGGUUAGAGUUGCGUACCGUGCAGCGCCAAUGCAAGAUGCAAUCUGCCCGUCUAAACAAAGCUAUUGGUCAAGAAGCAGACUUACCACAAAUUGUUGAUCGCAUGACAGCUGAUAUUCGGGCACUUCAAACUCGGCUCAGAGAAAAAACUUCACAACAUGAUUCUAGUCAGCGUCGCAUUAGUGAACUACAACAUCGAAUUUAUGUACUUGAGAAAGAGCGUGAAGAGCAUCAUUCUCAGAUAACCUCAGAUGAUGCAGCACAGCGGCGAAACGCAAUCAGGCUGGAUGAAGCCGUAGCAGAGUUGCAAGCGGAGAAGAAGAAAACCUCUAUGUUAGCUCACCAACUGGAAGUCACAACACGUAGCCAUAAACAUCAAAACGUUCUGGCUCACGAACAAAUACGACAAUUACGUCGUAACUGCCGGGAUUUGGAAAACCAACUACACGAGAGAACACAACUGCUCCAGGAAAAAAUCAAACUGCUUGAACUACAAAACAUCUAUAGCCUGCGGAUACCCAAGACUGUUCCUUCACAUCUACCACCAACUGAGAACAACCGAGGUCUCACACCGGAUCCACAAGAUCAAAAAGACAGUGCGUCACCUCUCAUUAUGACCAAACCACUCCUCCAAGUACGAUCUCGGACAACGGAACCGAGUUCCCAGAAGUACUCUAUCAAUUUGGGACGUUCACGAGUUCGUCACCUGCCAUCAGCUGAGGUAUCCUCACGCACAGAACCAGAUGUGGAUGCGUUGAAAGUCUCACACAGCAUAAAUCGGAAAUCGGAAACCUUAUUUUCAUUGUUUGUUGAUGCAUCUACAUGUGAAUCCAUGGUCGAUCCAUGCAGCAUGAAUUCCAACCCUACACAGAGUGGACUGAGUGAAGAACCACCGAGUAUAAAAGGAGCAGCUUCUCAAUACACGUCCCAGAUGACCGACCCACCAGCAUCGGUUGACCCGAAUGGUUUUCACGGGGAUGGAUCUGCCACAUUGUCCACUGUUGCACGGGAUGAAUUCAGUAUUGGUAGUUCAUUAGGUGAAAAGCUCACUACACAACCCGAAGAAAAGGUCAGAUUGGAAGAAAAAGCUGUUCGUACUGAGGAAACACAUGCACCCGUGACUCGAAUAAGCGCGGACAAUGAACGGGUCAGUAUGAUUGCUAGUCAGAACCAGCGUCCGAUCGAUGUGACCCUGGCUACGCAAGAUCCAAGUACCAGUGGUUCCAGUCAAACCACAUCAGUCUUGCUGAGUAAACAGGAAGAAAAACAAGAAAUGGAACGCAAAGCCCGAUUACUAAAAGCGUUGCAAGCCUUGGAUCAACGUAAUCCGCUGGAUGAGACUCCAUUGAUCGCUGAGGUAAAAACGGACGAUGAUGAUAAAACUCCGAUCGGUACAAAUGUGCAGAAUCACGCUGACUUGCCAGACGAUUUUACCAGAUUAACCAAGAAACGUGAUCAAGAGCUAUGGGACGAGUUGUUCGGAUCAGAAACGACAGUCAAUCUGCAAAAGAAUACUUCUUCCGUGUAUUGUGGUCAUGCCGGUCUUAUGGCCAAGACAGUUCGCGACGAUACAUCCCGCAACAACGAUGGUUUUCAUUCAGAUGCAUAUUCACCUUCGAAAAAUCAAAAUCGGAUAGAAACAUCGGAUGAGCAUUUGCUCUGCAAGAUAUUCAAAUCUCCCUCACACUUCAAUGUACAACAUUCAUCAAAAACGUCAAGCUUUCUUAAUCCACCUCACCAUCGAUUGGAAGGCUCCGAAAAUUCGGGUAUCCUAGAAGCAUACGACGAGCAGGAAGUUGACUCUGAGUUUGAAGAACUCCAUGUCUAA